AUGAAGUUGGCUAAAAGCGUCCGCGACUGUUACGUAGAAGACCCGUUGGAUGGUGAUCUCGAUCAAAAAGACUUUGUAGAAAUGAUAAUACUUGACGGUUGCUUCUUGUUAGAACUAUUUCGAAAGGCACUUUUUUGUGAGCUACAAAAUGAAAACAACCCCGUUUUCAACGUGUCCUGUAUGCAGGAACAUAUGUACCAUGACCUUCUUCUGCUAGAAAAUCAGCUACCUUGUUCUGUGCUGGAGUGUUUGUACAACCUAACUGCCAAUAGCCCCAGCCAAAAAGGCGCCUCCCUCAAUUCACUUGUGCUCAACUUUUUCAGGCAAUCCAAUGCGGAUAACCUGAUGUUGAACACCAGCUUCGAUCUCCUAUGUAAGAUUUUGCACAUACUUGAUCAGAUAAGAGCCAUGAUCAUUUAUGGAUUCAAGAAGACGUCGAGUGUGGAAGAGCAGCAAAUAAAGAAGGGGCCAAAUUUGCCUCAACGGAUCCCAAACACGACAUCUCUUUCGGAGGCAAGCGUUCAGUUCAAAAAACGCCAAAACAAAGAAAAGGGAAAAGGAGAGUGCAUAAUGAACAUAGAGUUCAAAAACGAGGUUUUUACAAUUCCACCGUUGGGAAUUGAUGAGAUGACAGAGCCUCUGUUCAGGAACCUCAUCGCCUUUGAACAAUGUCACCACGGUUGCCUGCACAUGAUAACAUCCUACGCAGUUUUGAUGGAUAACCUCAUCGACUCCAAAGACGAUGUAGAUUUUCUUUGUGACAAAGAAAUAUUGGCCAAUUGGUUGAACCCGGACGAUGCUGCCCAAUUCUUCAACAAGCUUUAUGAUGACACCACCGUCAUGGGGUAUUAUACUACAGUGGUCUCUCCAACGAUGUGA